AUGUCGGCCGCUGCCUGUAAGCCGUCGCGAUCUGCGUCAACCAUCGUCGCCGCCACGGCGAGCGGCUACCACCUUCUCAAGAUCAACGGUUACUCCCGCACCAAGGGCGUGCCCCAUGGGCAGAAGCUCCAGUCCCGCCCUUUCUCCCUGGGCGGGCAUCAAUGGUACAUUGGUUACUACCCCAACGGCUUUAACUCAGAUCACACAGGCUGCAUAUCACCGUUCCUUUUUCUUGAUGACAGUGUCACCACCGCAGUAAAGGCGCAGCACGAAUUUUGUUUCAUCGACGAGGUGAAGGAUCAGGCUCUGUCUCUUGCAUCAUCAGCAGUAAGUGAAUUCGCUAGUAAGCAGGGCUGGGGAACUUCGAAAUUGAUCAAAAGGGCAGACUUUGAGAAGUCAAAGCAUCUCAAGGACGAUUCUUUCAUUGUCAGGUGCGAUGUCAUUGUCAUCAACGAUUACCGUGCAGAGGAUUUGCCCGAGAACACUCCUCCAACCUUUGUUUCUGUGGCCCCAUCUUCCCUGCACCAGCACCUUGGUGAUCUCCUGAAGACCGAGAAGGGCGCCGAUGUGGUUUUCGAGGUUGGUCGUGAGACAUUCGCAGCACACCGUUGCAUGCUCGCUGCUAGAUCGACAGUCUUCGGAGCUGAGCUCUUUGGAGUAACGAAGGAGGGUGACACGGCAUGUGUCAUACGUGUAGACGACAUAGAGGCUCAGGUCUUCAAGGCAUUGCUCUGCUUUGCAUAUACUGAUUCAUUGUCGGAGGCCAGAAAUGAAGAGGAAGAUGUUAUGUGCCAGCAUCUGCUCGUUGCAGCAGACAUGUAUAACAUGGACAGGCUAAAGACUAUAUGCGAAGACAAGCUAUGCAAGUACAUCAAUGUCGGCACGGUUGCUACCAUUCUCGCGCUUGCUGAGCAGCACCACUGUGAUGGGCUGGAGACGGCAUGCUUUCAUUUUCUCCGCACCCCAGCAAAGCAAAUCUGA